AUGCAGCUUCCCCUCGCAGUUCUGGCUGCGGCCUUCACACAGGCCGCCCUGACCACAGCCUCCUCCUUGACACCGCCAGUCCUUCCGUUAACCGUGCGAAACCCCUACCUGAGCACAUGGCUAGGGAAUGCCCGAGAGGCUCCAUGGUCAAAAUGGCCUAUGUUCUAUACCGGGGAGGAGAUUGGUCUCUCCCUGAUGGCCCACGUCCCGAGUCAGGGAGCCGUUUAUCCCCUUGUCGGUAAACCGCAGGACUCCCUGCCGUCGGGCCAAGUACAGUUCCCCGAAUACCUGGGCAACAACUACGAUGCCUCCACCACAAACUUCACCUAUCGUAUCGAUACCGGCUCUUCUACUCCCCUGGAAAUUACCAUCUCCUUCCUCUCUCCUAUUACGCCAACCUCGACUUUGCGACAGUCGAUCCCGGCCUCCUACGUCACAAUCGAUGUACGUGGAGACACCAAUGUCAAUGUGUAUAUGGAUAUCGAUGCCCGCUGGGUCACUGGGGAUCACGGAACUAAAAUAAACUGGGCGUGGGAUACUAUCAAUGUCCAAGACAAGACAAGCAAGAGUCCAGCCCUCCAACGCUGGCAGAUUCGUAGAGAGCAAGAGCUUCACUUGUCGGAAAUCCGCGACCGUGCCGAAUGGGGCACCCUGCAUUUCACUGGCCCGGCUAAUGCCCGAUUCCAAUCCGGAGAGGCAGCCAAGGUCCGUCGAAGCUUCGCAAAGACUGGCUCCCUAACGAACGAGAACGAUGAUGAUUUCCGUUCCAUCGAUGAUCGAUCGCCUGUCUUUUCAUUUUCUCAAUCAUUCAACUUGGGUCAUUCCGCUAAGAAGAGCUCGGAAAGUGUCACAUUUACCCUUGCUCUGAUUCAGAUCCCCGUCGUGCAAUAUGCAGCUGCCCGCGGCCUGACAAUGAUGCGCCCCCUGUGGGAGUCUUGGUUCCCCACCACUGAGGAGCUACUGACUUUCCACUACAAUGAUCAUGCCGUGGCUGCGUCCCUGGCAUCUAACUACUCGAUUCAAGUGGCCAAAGAUGCUUACCUCUCCGGUGCUGAUGACUACGUUGAUAUCGUCGCUCUCUCGGCACGCCAGGUUAUGGGCGCCACCACUUUCUCAGGAACCCCAGAGGACCCCAUUCUGUUCUUGAAGGAGAUUUCCUCGAAUGGAAACUUCCAAACCAUCGAUGUCAUCUUCCCGGCGUUCCCAUUCUUCUUGUACACCAACCCACUGGACAAUACCCCAACACCUAUGCCAUGCACGAUCUGGGGACCCACUUCCCCAAUGCCACCGGCCACCCCAGACGGAAACGAUGAGUACAUGCCGGUAGAAGAAUGUGGAAACAUCUUGAUCAUGGGCUUGGCGAUUGCCAAUUCGCUCCAGUAUGAGGACUCAUCUACUGCCUCCUCUAUUUGGUCUGCGCAAGGCUCGCCCUCUUGGUCUGCCUCAAGCGAUUCGGAUUCGCUCUUCCCUCUCAGUGAUCUUCAGACAUUCUCUGGAAUCGCGCACCAAGACGGCAAAUGGGGCGGUGGUAUCGAGGGUCAACAGCUCGCCAAGAAGUGGGUGCAGCGAAGCUACACUCUCUGGAAGCAGUGGACUGGUUACCUCGUGGAGUUCUCCCUUGAGCCCGCUAAUCAACUGUCUACCGACGAUUUUGCUGGCUGGCUUGCUCUGCAGACAAAUCUUGCCUUGAAGGGUAUCGUGGGCAUCAACGCGAUGAGCAAGCUCGCCGAGCUGACCGGACACGACUCCGACGCAAAGUAUUUCAAGGACACUGCCGACAAGUAUAUUGCCAAGUGGGAAGAGUAUGGCAUGUCUCGAGACAACACACACGCCAAACUCGCCUACGACUGGUACGGAUCCUGGACAACAAUCUACAACCUCUAUGCCGACGCCCAGCUCUGCUUCCACCUGGAAGGAACGAACCUUUCCUCCAAUGAGUCCGCAGGUUUCGUCCCACGACACAUCUACCAGAAGCAGUCCAUCUGGUACCACUACGUCCGACAGAAGUACGGACUUCCCCUCGACAGCCGACACUUGUAUACCAAGACGGACUGGGAGUUCUUCUCUAUGGCCGUUGCUUCGAAGCCCGUUCGUUCGGAGAUUCUAGAAUCCGUUGCACGAUGGGUCAAUGAGACUGUCACGGACCGGCCCUUCACCGAUCUCCACAAGACCGAGGGCGAUGGAAACUUCCCCGGUCCGAACUUCUUCGCUCGUCCUGUUAUCGGUGGUCAUUUCGCUUUCUUGGCGCUAGAACGCGCUUGUGGUGGGCAGGCUAUGCGGGGUCUGUCAUUCCUGGAUGAUAUUGACGAGCAGACGUUCAAGAAGUGGUCUGCUAGUGCCGAAGCCGCAGUUAAGGAGUCGCAGCUGUGGAGACACGGCUCUGGAGAGCUGUAG